AUGGCUCCAACGGCUCUGAGGCGUCCAGGCGACGCAGGAGGCGUGGAGGCUGGCGGGGCGGUUGGGGCCGCGGGUCGCGGUGAGGCGGAGGCUUGGACGGAGGUGCGGGCGUCGGGGCGUCAGGCGCCCUCCUCCCCCGUCGCCGGCUUCAAGUGCGGCGGCGACGGCGGUUCUGGGAUGGGGCGGGAGCCGCUUCUGGGCGCUUUCGGAGGGGGCUCGCUCAGAGCGGGGCGGCGCCGGGCGUUCGCGCCUGGUGGCCGCGGUGCUCGUCAGCCAAGGAGGCCGGGGAGGGCAUCGCUGCGGUCCGUGGCGGAGCAGCCGCGGCCGUUGGCAGGUCGGGAGGUCCGGCGUGCCGAGACGGAGGUGGUGGCGGCGGCCCCCUUCCGGAAGGUCCCGGGGCCCGCGCCGGCGCCGGUGGCGGGGGCGGCGGCGCCGGCAGAGGUGCAGGAGGUGGCGGCAGUGUCGCCCGAUCCCUGGCCUAGGGUUGGCGCAGACGGCCAGAUUGGGCUGAUGGGCCUGGUUGCAGCCGCGGGCCACUCGGGCCUCGCAGCCCAGUUGACGCCCAUUGCGGAGGGAGGGGCGCCCGUGACAGGGGCUAUUUCGGUGCAGCCCAGGCCAGUUCCCCGGCCCGGAGCCCAGGCCCGCGAGGGGAGCGCCCAUCACAUAAGUGGAUGUGGAUCCGCCGAGGCGCCCUAG